UCGUUGUCGUUUUGAAGGUUGCAAACUGAAAAGAAGGAAUACUUUUUGUUUCUCCACAACCAAUGAACUUGCUCGUGUAUAUUUUUGUACAAAGAUUUAUUAUUCGUGUUUCAUUUUCCUUUAAUCUGCAACCCCUAUUCAUCAACACAAAGUGUAAUAUCUGCCAGACAAUCAGACGAGAAUAAAUAAAUAACAAAAACAACAAAAAAAAAGAAAGAAAACAAAACGAAAUCCUACUUUUUAUUUGUACGCACAAAGCCUCAGCUACGCUACGCUAAUUAGAUAUCAAUAAAGAAGUAAAAAUAAAAAUUAAGACUGUGCGCCCGCUCCGCUCCAGUUGUAAUCAAAAUCAAAUGACAAAUUAUUCGUGGCCAGUGAGGUCAUAUCCGUAUACUUAACUACAAUCUUUUUACCUACAAGAAAAACCCACUCGUUAAAAGGAGCUCUCCAAAAAGAGUCCAAAGUGCUUCACUUCGCUCCAAUCUUAAUCUAAGAAUCUAAGUGUUCCGGGAUACAAAUAGGGAUAGCAAAAACCUCUUGGUUGACAGAGAACAUGGACGAAAACAGUUCAACGACGACAAAUAGCAAUAGCACUGCAUUAACUUCCACCAUCGAAGGCGGUCACAAUUCGGCCAGUGAGGAAUCCGAUCAGGAAUUCCUCGACAAUACUGUCGAGUUGCGGGGAUACUUGAGCAAAUGGACAAACUACAUCUAUGGCUGGCAACCGAGAUAUAUCGUCCUAAAGGAUGGCACUCUGUCGUACUACAAGAGCGAAUCGGAAAGUGAUUUUGGAUGCCGUGGAGCUAUCAGCCUUAGCAAAGCCACAAUAAAGACCUAUGAAUCGGAUGAGUUACGUUUCGAUGUUAUGGUAAACAAUUACAACAAUUGGUGCCUUCGGGCAGAAAAUCCAGACGAUCGAAUGCACUGGGUUGAAGCUUUACAAUUGUAUAAAGAAGAAUCAGCUAGUACAGAUACACAAUCAUUGCGCCGACAUGGGAGUACAAUGUCCCUACAAUCAAACACAUUAUCAGCUGCCAGCGGUAGUAGCCUAAAGAAAACACAAAGAAAUCUAAAGGAAAAAGUUGGUGAAAUCGAAACGUUCAAAGACAUUUUAUUCGGACAAAUUGAAACGUUGCAAAGAUAUUUUGAUGCUUGUGCUGAAAUAAACAAAUCAACAGGAAAACCCCUCGAUUUGGGCGAUGGAUUGAAACCUAUAGAUUUUAAAGGUGAAUCGAUAACAUUUCGUGCUACAACAGCUGGUGUCAUAACCACACUUCAACACUGCCUUGAAAUUAUUGCCGAACGGGACGAAUCUUGGAGAAAAAAAUUAGAUAAGGAGACUGAAAAAAGGCGUAAAACUGAUGAAUUAAACAGAAAGUACAAAGAUGAAAUAGAAAAAUUAAAGAACAUCUCAUAUCCAGGUCCUGAUUUUGAGGAAGGACCCAAUUCUACUCUACCAGAAGAUGAAUUCUUUGAUGCUGUUGAAACUGGCCUGGAUCGAAUCGAAGAGGACAUGCAAUUGAGAGUUAAAUUGAAACUGCAAUCGCAGUUAUCACAAACCCUGGUAAAUGUACCCCAUCAGGCGCAAAAUGAAACCGAAGAUGGACAAGAUGAAUUCGGAACAGGGACCAUUGCUAGACAGCAUGAACUUUGGCCAGAAAUUGAUCGAGUGUGCAAAGAACAACUUCACUAUGCCCGGGAGGGUGUUGGCCAAGGUGGUAAUGGUUGGCAAAUAUUUGCCGAUGAAGGUGAAAUGAAAAUGUACAAACGCGAAGAAGAAGUUAAUGGAAUGGUUAUGGAUCCAUUGAAAGCUUGUCAUGUUGUCAAAGGUGUAACUGCCCGAGAGAUGUGUCAUUAUUUCUUUAUGCCAGAGUUCCGAAAUGAUUGGGAAACAACAUUGGAAGACUGCACAAUUUUGGAGAAAAUCUCUCCAGAAACUUUAGUAUUCUUGCAAACACACAAACGAGUAUGGCCCGCAAAUCAGAGGGAUGCAUUAUUCUGGUCGCACAUGAGGAAAAUCACAGAUAAUUUGGAAAAAGAUGCAACAGAUGUUUGGAUUGUUUGUAAUAAUUCAACCGAACGAGUUGGUUACCCGCCCAAUACUGGUAAAUGCAUUCGGAUAUUCCUUACAGUCAUUCUUGUAUGUCAAACAAAUUUAACACCUGGAAAAACAAAGAACGAUAAACUUACAAGAGAUGACCUGACCUGUAAAAUAACAUAUUGCUCAGUUGUAAAUCCCGGCGGUUGGGCCCCAGCAUCAGCACUACGAGCAAUAUACAAACGAGAAUAUCCGAAGUUCCUGAAACGAUUCACUCAUUACGUGAUAGACCAGUGUAAAGAUAAGCCAAUUAUGUUCUGAUAUUUGUCGGGCUUAAUUUUAUUUCAUUUUGUAUUUAUAUAAUAAUUAAAAAACAAACACCAGAAACAAAUAAAAUUAAAAAAGCAGUUAUCGUAAGACUAUUUUAAUGUAUGAUGUAUUUGUUUGAAACAAUUAAAUUUGUAAAAGCUUUUACUUUUGUUUAUAUAUAUUUACUAUUUUUAUACAAUUUAUAUUAAAAAUAAUAAAACAAAAAUAAAAUAAAUUGUUUGUUAUAAAAUUAUAAGAAAGUGAAUGUGUGUGUGUGUAUUGUUUUGAUUUUGUGAAAUAAACACACAAACCAUAAAACAAACAAGACAACAAUAAAAUAUCACACGUAACUGUUGCACUAAAUUAAAGUUAACUUUUUUUUUUAAUUUUAAUUUCACAUUAACUCAUAAAAUCAGUUUGAAUUUAUUUUUUUGUUUUACCAUAAAAUUUAGUUUUAAAUCUUUCUUUUUCAAAUGAAAUUAAAUAUUUAUAUUUUUAAUGAUGUUGUGAGGAAAUGUUUAUGUUUAUCACUCAUAACAAAUUCUAAGUGUCUUUUUACAACUUUUAAAGAAACGUGUUUUUAUAAAUAACAGAAAUGUAUAUUUAUCAUAAAAAAAAAUAUAAAUAAUAAAUUUAAAAAAAUGCCUUCCUGUUAUAUCUUAUAUUAUAUACUUUGAUUUUAUUCUUUAUUUAAUUUUUCUAAACAUUUUUAACUAUAAUUCAUAUAAUUAUCACUGUAAAGAAGCACAUAACCACACAAAAGAAAAACCCAAAUCGUCUUUAUAGAUUUUAGCUUUUUUUCUAUGCUAUACAUUGAUAGCUUUAAAUGUGAUCAAAAUUAUAAUGAUAAUGUAUUAUAUAAACCAUUUUUUGGAAAAUUAAAAACAAACAAAAAAACAAAAACACAAAAUGUAAAAUAAUGUCUUUUUCUAAUAAUAAUAAUAAUUAUAUAAAUAAAAAUAAUAAUAAAUACCAUACAUUAACAUAACUAAUGUUGUAUGUGUCUUUA